GGUCUGGACCACCAAUUUCCCAUUGUGUUGAUAAUAGACACCGCCGAGGGUUGAACCAGAUCAAUAAUGCAUCAAAUUAUCAAUCGAUAUCAAUCGAUCAAUGAGAGCGGGGACUCCUGCCCUGAUAUACCCUAUUCAAAGCCACCCAUGAAUCCCUUCAAUACCGGGCGGUAACUGCCCAAGCCGUAACCGGCAUCUCCCUUAAUGACGGUGUCAGAGGCCCCCGUGAAUGAGGCCCCGCCAUCCUCCCUUGAAAGAAACUCAAACCCAACUAGUCAUUAUUCAACGCGGCAUGUUCCUUCACUGGGCUAACAAUGCCAAUGAGGAUCCAUUGCAACUCGGAAGAGAAGCAAGUAACACAAGAUCAAGUGAUACUGAUUCUUGAAAUAGAUUGGGUCCUGUCUCGGAAGACAACUGACGGCAGCCGAAGUAACACCAGGUCCUGCAAGGCGAGCUUCCGCCCUCCCUCGACUGGUCUCCAGUACCACUCGGAACAGUCCCGCCAGUCUCACCAUCUCCCCGCCGCGAGCCUUGUAAGCCUGGCACAUGAUGGCAGUCGCCGUUUGCUUGGGAAUAUUCCCGGGGCAACACCCAAAUCACAUCUGCCGGUUCAUGGGUACUCGCGACUAAAUCCAGGGCACUGGAUGAAGGAGCGCUCUUGCGCAUCAUGGAUGGGAAAACUGUCUCUGUCAGGCAAGGUAUGCAUGAGCCACAUGGCAGCAGGUUUUUAUGCUCGCUUAUUCAGAAUCAAUACUGUGUCUGUCACAGCUAAAAGAUAUUUCUUACAACACACCCACCUGGCAUUUGCUUGCAAGAGCUAGAAUGAGAAUACAUGCAAUUGGGUUCCCACAUUAGCUUUAUAUGGAAUUUACUGGAAUGAGGCCUACAUGCAAGUUGUCUAGGUCUCAAAGGCACUGGAUAAGUA